GCGAAAAGAGCGGAGUGUCUCCGUGCAGCUCCAAAAUAUGCGCAUAUUCUAGUGAGGCGUGCGACACCUCGGACAGGAGUGACGCUUAUACGAGCGAGCAGGCGAACACUGGUGCUUACUGCACUUCUGGGUUUCUCUGCAUGCUCCAGCAGGUGCGGAGAAGCCGGAGCGCUUGGAGCACACCGCGCCGCGCCGGGAACAAUGGGAUCUGACCGGCAUACUGAUACACCUCUCGCGCUGCGUCUCCACGACCUCAGCACCGCCGGCCCCGGGAGCAGCUCUGGCGCACUCUCUCCUCUACGUUUUGCUCUUCUUUAGAUCAACCCAUCUUUUUUUGUUGUUUUGCAUAUUUAUGCUGGUCACGUCGUCGUGCGUGCGUCGCUGCGUGCUUGAAAUUGCGGGACCGCUUCGGAACAAGUUGGACGGCGUGAGCUUCCUGUCUCUGCGCGAUGUGGAGGGCUGGAGAGCGCUGGCGCCCGGCGCUGCUGUGUCUGCCCGUGCUGAUGGCCGUGACACUCGGCCGCACUCCGAUCUCGCACAGGAUUAACGAGCCCAGCAACAUGUCGUACGUCAAAGUCACCGUGGACAAACUGCUGAAAGGCUACGACAUUCGGCUCAGGCCCGAUUUCGGAGGUCCUCCGGUUGACGUCGGGAUGAGUAUUGACAUCUCCAGCAUCGACAUGGUGUCUGAGGUGAACAUGGAUUACACCAUCACCAUGUAUUUCCAGCAAUCAUGGCGUGAUAAACGCCUGUCCUACACGGGGAUUCCUCUGAACUUGACACUGGAUAACCGUGUGGCUGAUCAACUCUGGGUGCCUGACACUUACUUUAUAAAUGACAAGAAAUCUUUCGUUCAUGGUGUCACCGUCAAGAACCGCAUGAUUCGGCUGCAUCCAGAUGGAACUGUGCUCUAUGGACUCAGGAUAACUACAACAGCAGCCUGUAUGAUGGACCUGCGGAGGUACCCCCUGGAUGAACAGAACUGCACCUUGGAGAUUGAGAGCUAUGGGUAUACCACAGAUGACAUUGAGUUUUAUUGGCAGGAGGGAAGUUCAGUGACUGGAGUAGACAACAUUGAGUUGCCACAGUUCUCCAUCAUUGACUAUAAAACUUUGUCUAAGAAGGUGGUCUUUGCAACAGGGUCAUACCCUCGUCUGUCCCUGAGCUUUAAGCUGAAGAGAAACAUUGGAUAUUUUAUCCUGCAAACUUACAUGCCCUCAAACCUGAUCACCAUCCUGUCCUGGGUCUCCUUCUGGAUUAACUAUGAUGCUUCUGCAGCACGGGUAGCUCUAGGAAUCACUACUGUACUGACCAUGACCACCAUCAACACCCAUCUGCGAGAGACGCUACCCAAGAUCCCCUAUGUAAAAGCCAUAGAUAUAUACCUAAUGGGCUGCUUUGUCUUCGUAUUCUUGGCCCUGCUUGAGUAUGCGUUUGUUAACUACAUUUUCUUCGGCCGAGGUCCACACCUACAGAAGAAAGUGGCAGAAAAAGCUGCUAAGACCAACAAUGAGAAGAGCAGACUGGAGAGCAACAAAAUCCAGGUGGAUGUCCAUGGAAACAUUCCCCUUACCAAUCUUGACCUCCGCCUCACUGGGGCAGAGAUGCUCAGUGGUCUUGGUGACCCUCGGAAUACCAUGUUCUCUUAUGACAGUGCCAGCAUCCAAUACCGCAAGCCCCUGACAGGCUGUGACCUUUACGGCCGGCCAACUGCUUCCCUUGAACAGCCAAUCAAGCACAAGAAGAGUCGCUUGAGGAAGCGGGCCUCUCAGCUUAAGGUGAAAAUUCCAGACCUGACAGAUGUGAAUUCCAUCGACAAGUGGUCACGUGUCAUCUUUCCCAUCACCUACACUUUCUUCAACCUAGUCUAUUGGCUUUACUAUGUCCACUAGGAGACAGCAGUGCACUCAGCUUAGCUUCCACUUAGCAGAUCGGGUCAGGCUUUCUCAACCUAGGGAUUAUUUAAAACUGCAAUUUAAUUUGAUAUCUUGCCACAUAUAAGCUACACAGUCAUCUAGAUAAUGUAAUAACUAUUAGUUCCUGAUCAGAUCUUUCUGUUCAUCACCCCUGAUUCAUGUGAGAAUGGACUACAGGGGUAUGAUGGUGCUGCAUCUAACUGUGUAAGAAUGCACUAUAGGCCAGAGUUAGUACUAACACUACAGCUACAACUAACUGUAGGCAGCAUUUAAGUCAGACACUAUGGCUUGAGCCAAUAAACAAAGUUAAUUCUCAGAAUAUGUACCAGCCUUUGAAAUAUUUGCACUGUUUUGUGACAGAGUUCAUUCUAGACUUAAAGGACACUGUAGCUUUGAGUUUUAUGUGUGUCUGCCCAUGUGCACAUGUGCUAACACAAUCCUGGUGCACUAAGCUAAAUACUUGCCUAUUAGAUAGCCACACUUAGCUCUUCUACACAAUGUGUUACAACACGAUGACAAAUUAGCUGAAAAUUCAGCAAACAGGGAUAUAUACAUAUGGGCAUAAGUUGAAUCUUUUCACAAAACCUGUGUGAAAGUGUAUUUCUUUAAUUAAGAUGUCAGGUAUUUAAAAAAGAAAAAAAAAAGUCACCAUAAUGUACUAACAAACAGUACCACACGUCAUAGUAUAUGUUACUUUUAAAUUAAAAAGGCUGAAGGAAGAGACACCGAAAGAAAUCAAUUGUUCAUAAAUGCAUGUUUUGACAAAUCCCCUGCCUCACACUGGGUACAUACUACUCAAUUAAACCACUGCAAGCUCAGAGUGAAUUCUGCCUCUGCUUGAAAGGUACGUGUUUAUAACAGAGGCCAGUGAUUUAUUGGUUUCUUUACAACCCUGUCGUUUGAGUCAACCCUUCUCAAUUAUAUUAAGCUUGAAUCAUAUUCACUGUGAUUUGUGUGGUACCCAGGAUCACCUCAAAAACAAAAGAGAAAGGCCAAAAUGCAGACAGGAUCUAACCAACCUGUUGUUAUUUCUUCAGGCUUCAUUUGUGCCUUUGAAUUAAAAUUGUGAUGAUUUUACAGGGUCAAGCAGAGCUUGAAAAUCGGCAGUGAAUGAACUUUUAUGGAGAACAAUAUUAGCUCUAGGUUUCCAAAAUGACAUGGUUAGUUGAGCUUUUACGAUGUUCUAUAUUAACAUUAUAGAUAUCGCAUAGGCAUGCUAGUAGCUAAUAGAAGAACAUUCCAGUAUAUCAGUGACAAUCUAUGACUUGGAGAGGAUUAUCCAUGUAAUUAAUUCUCAGUGAAGUAACUGUACUUCUGCUCUUUAGUCAGUAAGAAAGGCCUCUCAGUUAUUGAAACAUGAUCCAGAACGGACACAGACACCCAGAGUUACAGCAUAUUAAGCAUGUCUGUACACUUACUGAUUUAACACUACAUACACAAAACAUACUAUUAAGAUUUAAGUAAAAAAUAUUUGAUGACUGGGGAUCACAGCAGAGGCCAAAAAAAAAAAAAGAAGCUGUUGAUGGUCUCAUUUAAAGCUGUUUAUAUAGCAUAAAUGUGAACUGAAUUCAUGCUUUUUAUCUUUGUGCUCCCAUGCUGAUGGGGAUGUGUGGUACAGGAACAUAUGUGAGACCAAUGGGUGUAUGUGUGUACGUGUGCUUGUUAUGAACACAGCACAGUCGUUCUAAGGAAUCCUCUUAAACCCUGAGAAACCUCAAAGGAUUCAAAUAAAAUAUU